GCGCGCCUCAACAUCCGGGCAUCGCCUUCUUCCUGUCCCGGCCUUCCCUGCGCUCCUGUGCCAAGAGAAAGCGGAAGUGAAGAAGAGACACUCCGGCUGCCUCUUAGCAACGCGAGGGGCGUCACGUGACACAACCAGCUGACUCCGGUAGAGAAAGACUCUGUGGCUGCAGCACUUGCCUGGCCUGGGACCCGAGCCGCACGGUCGCCGUCAGAAUGUCGGGCAAAGACCGAAUUGAAAUCUUUCCCUCGCGAAUGGCACAGACCAUCAUGAAGGCUCGGUUAAAAGGAGCACAAACAGGUCGAAACCUCCUGAAGAAAAAAUCUGAUGCCUUAACUCUUCGAUUUCGACAGAUCCUUAAGAAGAUAAUAGAGACUAAAAUGUUGAUGGGUGAAGUGAUGAGAGAAGCUGCUUUUUCACUUGCCGAGGCCAAGUUCACAGCAGGGGACUUCAGCACCACAGUUAUCCAAAACGUAAAUAAAGCCCAAGUGAAGAUUAGAGCAAAGAAAGAUAAUGUAGCAGGUGUUACUUUGCCAGUAUUUGAACAUUAUCAUGAAGGAACCGACAGUUAUGAGCUGACUGGUUUAGCCAGAGGUGGGGAACAGUUGGCUAAACUGAAGAGGAAUUAUGCCAAAGCAGUGGAACUGCUGGUGGAACUAGCUUCGCUGCAGACUUCCUUUGUUACUUUGGAUGAAGCUAUUAAGAUAACCAACAGGCGUGUAAAUGCCAUUGAACACGUCAUCAUUCCUCGGAUUGAACGCACCCUUGCUUAUAUCAUCACAGAGCUGGAUGAGAGAGAGCGAGAAGAGUUCUAUAGGUUAAAGAAAAUACAAGAGAAGAAAAAGAUUCUCAAGGAAAAGUCUGAGAAAGACUUGGAACAACGAAGGGCAGCUGGAGAGGCGAUGGAGCCUGCUAAUCUUCUGGCUGAGGAGAAGGAUGAGGAUCUUCUGUUUGAAUAAUCUUUCCUUCUCUGGUUCUUUCAGAAGGCCUAACAUGGCACCAUUAUAAUUCACGGUGUAUAGAUUUGGAACAUGUGGCCAUUUAUUAUUUGGCCUCAGAAUUUCACUGGUUGUAAAAUUUCCCUGGACAUUUGCUUAUGGUAUUACCUUUGCAGAAUCAUAAUUCUACAACUAUUUACCAUCAAUGACAUUUGUAGAAUCUGCCCAGAAACUUGUAGAUUUUGCAGAAGUGUCACUGUACUCCAUGUAUAUGUAUGUUACAAGUGAUUUGCUUACCAAGCGUAUUCUGAAAUUCCCCCUAGGAAACGACAGUGGUCUCAGCCAGCUCCUGCUGGAGCACCCUUUGUUCCUGCCUACUCGCAUGCUUUGGCACCUUUGUCUGAGACUGCAGCCAUCCUUGUGUUAGAUACUGUAGUACUUCUCUCCUCAAGCUUUAUGAAAAUCUUCAGAUUUUUUUUUUUUUCCUUGAAUGGUAGGUCUCUGUCCUCUCUAUCACGGGAACAGUUCUGCCAUUCAGAUGUGACUGGUAUCAACAGUAAAAUGAUUUAAAAAUGA